AUGGAGUCUACGCAGCCUCCUCCGACGCUCACCAACCCUCGGUUUACGCUUGAAUUGGAGUUUGUAUCAUCUCUCGCCAAUCCGUACUACCUCUCGCAUCUCGCAGUCACCUACCCAGGCCUCCUGGGCAUCUCACAAGCCGACGAUAAUGACGACGAUUCUGCCUCUUCCCCGGAUGCCCAAGCCUUCGCCGCGUACCUGGCAUACCUCUACUCCUACUGGAAGACACCCGAAUACUCUCAAUUCCUGACUCACCCCGGCCCGACACUACGCGCUCUACGACUACUGCAGGAAGACACAUUCCGCCGAGAUAUCAUAUUGCCCCAGGUCAUCGAAGGCCUGGCCGGUGUUGCUAUGCCCAUUGAAAAUACACAAAAGGGAGAAGCGGACGCCACAACCCAGAACCCCGAGACGCAAGACGAGCCAAAUGUCAAGCCCAACUCCAGUGAACUAUCAUAUCUGCUCUACUAUGCGAGCACGCGUCGCAGCAAGUUGACCAAGGUCGGCGCUUUUCUUGAGAAACGGGUGGCUAAAGAUGUUUGGAGGCGCAGAUUAGGCAAUGUCCAGGUUGCCCUCCAUAUCUUGACCGCGCUCAUCGAGAAACUCCCUCGCGACCUACCCAUUUACGCGCGUUCCGUGCUGACCGUCCUCGAAACCGUUUUGAAAUCGAACGACAUUUCCCUGGUGGAGGAUUCGAUCGCUACCUUUGAAACAUUCUGCUGCCAUCAAGAACUCGCGACCCUUGCCGCAGACCAAGGUCUCGCUCAGAAGUACCGCGAAGUCGUGCGUACGUACGCCAGUUUCGCUGAUCCGUCCUCUCCCUCCUACUCCUCCGCCAAAAUCAGCCCCGCGGUCGCCAUCCGCUGGAGAAAUGCCGGCCUACGUGCAAUCAAAGGCGUCGUGAGCUCCGAAAGUCUUGCCGCAGACGGUGGCACCUCCCUAAAAAUCAUCCUGCCUGUCAUCUUGGAGAACUUCUAUUCUCCGAAUGAAGAUUUACUUGUGCCAUUAAAGGCAAGACUGGAAGAGACCAAGGAGGUUGACAAGGCAGAGCGUGAUGGGAACAGAAACCGGCGCAUGAGUGUCAACACGGUACACACAGUUGAGACGGUCAACGGAGACCCUGCUCUUGCAGCCCAAUCGACCGCUGAUGUUGACCGACAAGGAGAGAUGGAUGCGCAGCUUUUAGCCCUUCGUUGUCUUGAACAGAUAAUCGUCUCAGGUAGCAACCGUGGUCAGAUCCGUGUUACAGCGACAGUCAUCCUGCAUUUUAUCGCCAGCAAGCAUUUCCCGCAAACUGUCACUCGGGUCGAAACAAGCCCGAUUAACCAAGCGGGAAACUGGGCAACCUCCCUGAUCGAACUCAUUGCGACUUGGUGCCCUGUACAAGUUCGAUUUGUGAUUCUGGUGACGGCCAUGGAAACCUUACAGGAGACAUCACUAAAGGAGGAUGCCCUGGACUCGGCAUUUACCAUUCUUUCCGUGUUAGACUGGCUCCUGAAGUCUUCCGUGAAUAUGAUUGGAUUGAGUGUUAUGGAUAUCUUGUUUGGCCUCAUGCAUUACGUCUCGGACAUCUUAUCACUCCAGGACAACAUCGGGGAUAAGGAGAAGAAGACCUCUGACCCUGCGGUCUUCCUCUCUGCCGAGAGAAAGGGCCUGCUUGCUCUUGUGGAACAAUGUAUUGGCAAUUUAGCAACCCAUAUCUACUAUGGCGACCAGGUCGCCGAUAUGAUGCGAGCUAUAUUACGGCGCUUAAAGACUGCACCAAUCCAGGAAAAUGCGAUGCAGUCUUCCUUGGCCACCGUGCAUGAGGCUGGAAUCGCGCCCGUUGUCCACACUAAUUCCAAUCCCGAGAGCAAUGGAGAGAAAGCCCAGGGCAACACAUUUUCGCAUACUGCGGCUAAACAAACGGCUCUCCGAGCCAUCAAGGCCGUUCUCAUCGUGGCGAACCUUCGUGCGCCUACUAUUAAUGCGGCCUCUGAAUCAAGAAACCAAGUCGGCAUUCAUGUAUGGGAAGGGACACAGGGACUUCUCCGAGACCCCGAUUGUGACGUUCGCCACGCCUAUGCCGAGGCCUUUUUGACUUGGCUGCAACUCGAAACGAACAAGCAGGAUCUCAAUUUGCGGGUAGACACCCCGAAGUAUAUCAAGCAGACAUCGAAGCGUGAUUUAGAGGCGGAUAAGCUGAACCGACGGAGUACUUCGGCCCCAGGAAACCAAAGGGAGAUCGUAGCUCUUGCGGCGCGAUCGAGCUUCCUUCGCCUCUUGCAUCUUGCCAUCUACGAUUCUGCCCUAGAAGAGGCCACAGUCGAGUCUGAGGUACUUGUUCUACACCUGCUACUUGCUAGCCUCGUUGAGAAUCUCGGCAUCAACGCGGUGCAAUUUGGUCUCCCCAUGGUCCUGAAACUUCAGGAGGAUCUAUUCACUUCAGUCGACCUGGGGACUUCCAGGGCACGGAUCAACAUUGGUAGCUUGGUUCACGGGUACUUCUUGGCCAUCUGCGAAAAGUUCAACCUCGAGUCCACCCAUGCUGGCGUCGAAAUCCGCAACGAGAUUGAGAAGCGACAGAGCAAGGGCCAGUGGCUCUCCAGGGUUAAGCUACCUCCAACCGGCCUGAGCGACAUCGCGAUAGAUGAUGAAAAGAUCCUCAACGGUGAUUCAGAUCCGCCCAUCGCGCUCACCCCUUUCCAAAAUCUUGACGGCCUCAUCGAUGGUAUGGACGAGUCCUAUCGCGAAACCGUCUUGUCGCCCCCACAAAGCCCGUCAAGUUCGCCAGCGCGGGGAUUCAAUUUCCCUGUCCUCAAUCACGCUCAGGCUGUUCAGUCGCAGGUCGAGAACGGUCUUCCGUCAUCUGUUAGGGAGGAGUUGUUCUCAGCUUGGUCCCGAGAGUCCUGUCUGGCCGCUGUCGAGAAGGAAAGCAUCAAAACACUUUCCAUCAGCGGCUCUCGUGUUGGCACCAUGACUCGCAAUAGCCAACCUAACGGUGCUACAAACGGCUCACCGGCUGGCUCGGCUUCGCAAAAGUACCGCUAUGCGAACGUCCCUGAGGUUUCCCGCGAAGGCUCGCGUACUCCAGAUCACAGCUCUCACCGAGGGUCUCCAGUCCGAGUAACGCAACUCCUUCGCGUGCUCUCUGUCAAAGAUGACCCCUCUUCUCGAAACCCAAGCCCACUGCGUGAUGUAGAUGGAUCGAAUAUCAGCGUCAUCUCAUCAGGCAGUGAAAGUAUGGUCAGUGGCGCCUUCUCUGUCUCAGAGAUGGAAGGUGACGAUGCGUCGAUUCCCGGCGAUGGGCAACAGACCCCCAACCAGGAAGGACAAGCAACGCCUCGUGCAUCGGCAUCUGCUGUCGCUCUUUCAGAGGAAAAGGCUUCCACUGCCCCUCAAUUGAUGUUAACUCGGACAAACUCUGAAGAGAUUCCUCCCGUCCCUCCCAUCCCUUCCAACCUCCAUAUUCCGGGCGGGUAUCCGAAUGACUCGCAGCGGUCCUUACUCAUCGAUCGCCCGGCCACCGCUCCCGAUAAUUCGCGACAGGCCAAUGGAAAAUCAGGUUACCUCCAGUCUCGAAACAAAUCCCUGAACCGCAACAUGAGUCGCUCCAACACCAGCCUCUCUGCCGGGAUCUCGGAUGUUUUCCAGGGUGCGCAAAGCAAUGGGAAUGAUUCUGCUUUCGACAAUAACCAGAGAGAUCAGUUGAGAAAUCUUUUGGAUGGUUUCCUCUCCCCCGAUGACAGCACCGUGGCCAACGGGGACCGCUCACCCACCGGAUUGGACCCCUCCAAGGCACAAAGCUAUUCCAGCCAACGCUCAGUCAGCGGUGGCGGCAUCGGACGACCUCCAUACUAA